AUGAAACGACGACAGGAGACGCAGGAAGACAAUACGAAAAAACCGUCAAGAAGUCAAUUUGAAGAUUUAUCAAAUGAAUUACUCCAUGAAAUUUUCGAUUAUGGUGAUUUUUGCCUAAUGUACGAUAUCUUUCUUAAUUUAAAUUCACGCUUUCGAUCUCUUCUUACUCAACGAUCAUUUCUAUUAAAUAUAAACUUUCCAUUGAAAUCAAAAUCUGUCUAUGAACGACAAUGUAAAGAGAUUAUUCAACCAAACACUACGCAAAUCAGUUGGCUGAAAAUAACCAAACAAUUUCUUGAGUUUUUUACAAUCGAUCGGUUUUCUUCUCUUAAAACUUUAAUUACUCAACACAUUCCACCAGAUCGAAUCAUUACACUUCUACAACAACUAAGAUCCUUGCCAAAUUUCUCUAGUCUUUCAAUCGAAUCAUCAGAUUAUUUCCAAGAUCUCAAUGUUAUCUAUCUUUCUCUUUUCCAAUUAACAAAAUUGAAAUAUUGCCAUUUUAAAUAUCCUCAUGGUGGAAAUCGUGUGCCACUUGCACUCGCUGUUGAUCCACGUCAGAUAUUAGAACACCUAAUCAUCGAUGGCCAUUGUCGUCUUGAUCAACUCGUUGCAAUUCUUUCUUAUCUACCUCGCCUGAAACACUUAUCAUGCAAUCAAUUGUACGGUGCGCAUUAUGACGAGAUGAAAACAUCGAUAAAUUUAACAACUAUUCGUUUCAAAUUACAUGCUCUGGAAUUUCACGAUUUGAAAUUAUUUCUGGUAAAUGUUAGCUCUCGAUUGAAAAUAUUAAGAAUAUGGAAGACAGGAGAUGAUGAUUAUCUUCGUGCGAAAGGAUGGGAAGAGUUGAUCGAACACUACAUGCCAUGUUUAGAUACUUUUGAUUUCCAAUAUUCAAAUUCAGCUAACUUUGAUACACAACAAAAAUUAGUACAGGAAUUUUCUUCGAAAUUUUGGAUAGAUCGAAAUUGGUUCUUCGAUUAUUAUUAUUAUUAUGAUUCUCAAGUUGACGACGAAUGUUACUUCAACUUUUUUUCGAUUAUACCAUACCGAUAUGAACAAUUCAAGUUACAUGAAAAUUUUAAAACUCAUCACCGCAUUAAUUACGCUCGUCAUGUUGAAAUCGAAGGGUGUUCGGAAGCAGAGAAGUGUACUGUUCAGUUUCCUUGUGUUAAAGAACUUACUCUUCAUGAUGUCAAAGACGUUUCUUGGCACGCUUGUUCGAUAAAAUCUAUCAUUCCUCUGUUACAAAUCAGCAAACUAUAUAUUAAGGAUGAAAAUUUACCCAUCAAGAAGCUCAUUUCAUUACUACAAGAUUUUCCUAACGUAGAAUCGUUAAAGUUAUUCAGUUUACCCAAAAUGUCUGUUAAACAAUCCAGUGUGUUUAGUUUGGUACCUGUAAAUAAUCGAAUUACGCGAGUCAAAGUAUAUGAAGAGUGCGAUAUGAAAGAUUUGAAACUUAUUAAUCAUAUGUGUCCUCGCGUGGAACAUCUCAGAAUAUGCAUUGACGAAAGUCAUCUUGGAACAAUCCUCGAGUUUUUAUUAUUAAAUGCUAAGCAUUUAUUUUUAUUAGUUCUUUCUCAUGUCAAUUACGAUGUAGUUGAAAGAGUACAAGCGAUUAUCGUAAAGAAGAAAUUAAUUGAGAAUUACUCAGUUGAACGUAAUCAUGGCAAAUUGUAUCUAUGGCGAUAG